GCUAGGUAACAGGGAACGCGGCACUGGUGAUGAGAAAAACCGAGUCCAAAUAGAUCCCGGACUAGCGUGAGCAAUGGCUGCAGAAUGUGUGAAAGUGGUUGUGCGUUGCCGUCCCAUGAACGAGAGAGAACGAGAGCUGAAUUGUGAAGCUGUGGUCACCAUGGACAGCAGCCGAGGUCAGUGCUUUAUCAGAAAGCCUGAAGCUCCUGAAGACACCCCCAAACAGUUCACCUUCGAUGGAGCGUAUUACACUGAGCACUGCACCGAGCAGAUCUAUAAUGAAAUAGCCUAUCCUUUGGUUGAGGGAGUGACUGAGGGGUAUAAUGGUACCAUUUUUGCCUAUGGACAAACUGGCAGUGGCAAAUCGUUCAGUAUGCAGGGCAUAUCUCACCCCCCUGCACAGAGAGGAAUUAUCCCCAGAGCGUUCGAGCAUAUUUUUGAAAGUAUACAGUGUGCAGAAAACACAAAGUUUUUGGUUCGAGCGUCAUACCUGGAAAUUUACAACGAGGAAAUCCGAGAUCUUCUUGGAGAAGACACUAAACAGAAACUAGAGUUGAAAGAGCACCCGGACAGAGGGGUAUAUGUAAAAGGUUUAUCCAUGCACACCGUGCAUCGCGUGGCAGAUUGCGAGAGGAUCAUGGACACAGGCUGGAAGAAUCGAUCGGUUGGAUACACGCUGAUGAACAAGGACUCCUCACGCUCACAUUCAAUCUUCACCAUCAAUAUUGAAAUCUGCUCUACAGAUGAAAAAGGGGAAGAUCAUCUCCGUGCUGGAAAACUUAAUCUGGUUGACCUUGCUGGCAGCGAGAGGCAAUCAAAAACCGGGGCUACAGGAGAGAGGCUUAAAGAAGCCACCAAAAUAAACCUGUCCCUUUCAGCUUUGGGAAAUGUCAUCUCUGCUCUAGUAGAUGGAAAGGCCAAACAUAUUCCUUACAGGGACUCCAAGCUGACCCGCAUGCUGCAGGACUCUUUAGGGGGCAACACAAAGACCUUGAUGGUGGCUUGUCUAUCUCCCGCUGACAACAACUAUGAUGAGACCCUGAGCACUCUGCGAUAUGCCAACCGAGCUAAAAACAUCAAGAAUAAACCACGCAUUAACGAGGACCCCAAAGAUGCUUUGCUCAGAGAGUACCAGGAGGAAAUUAAAAAGCUGAAGGUUAUGCUGAUGGAGCAGAGUUCAGGAAAAGACCUGCCAGUGUUUGCGGCAUUACCGGUGAAACCGCCAGAGGUGCAAUCAAACAGUCCUGAAAUGGAUGCAGAGGCUGAGAAGCGAAAGAUCAGACAGGAGUACGAGGAAAAGUUUGCUCAGCUGAAGGCAGAAUACGAAGCGGAGCAAAAGUCUCGUGUGCGUCUGGAAGAGGAUAUUAGCAAUUUACGGAAUUCAUACGAUCUGAAGCUCGCCAGCAUGGAAGAGAUAAGAAAACAUUCGGCUGGUGAAGUGAAUUCCGUGACUGUAAUUUCCAGUCCAACUGAUAUAGCAUCCGCACAGCAUCCAGAAUCUGCAAUUUCCCAGGUGGAGGUCAACCUCCAGAGUCCAGUAUCAGAGCCUGCUGCAGUCACGUUGCAUCCUCCAGAGGAGACCCCGAGUGCUGUGAGCCCCCAACAAGUGCUUGCCAGGCUUCAGAUCCUGGAGCAACAGGUGGUGGGUGGGGAACAAGCUAAAAACAAGGAUCUGAAGGAGAAGCAGAAGCACCGUAAAAAGUAUGCCGAUGAGCGGAAGAGGGAGCUGGUAGCUGCUCUGCAGAGUAUAGAUGAGGAUGGUAGUGAUCGGGCCCUGGUCAAUGUUUAUGAAUCAAUCCAAGAGGAACUGCAGGUCAAGAACAGACUCUUGGAGAAGAAACAGAAAAAGCUGAGAGCUGCUGAGAUUGAGAUUGAGGAUCUGCAUGCAGAGUUUGAGCGGGAUCGAAAUGAUUACCUCGUCACAAUCCGCCGGCAAGAGAGAGAACUCCUUCUUUAUCAGCAGAUUCUGGGUCAGAUCCAGUCACUCAUCCGGCGAGACUGCAAUUAUAGCAACUUAGACAGGAUCAGGAGAGAGGCAUCAUGGGACGAGGAUAGUGGCUACUGGAAAUUACCCGAAGUUGUAAUGCAAAGAACAAGUCUCCCUACGGCUCCAGGUUUGCCACAGGCCAAAACGAAAAAAGUAUCACCUGUUGAGAAUGGAGAACACCAAAUGGAAGAGGAUCGUUACAAAAAGAUGCUGAGCCGAAGUGACAGUGAAAACAUUGCCAAUAACUACUUUAAAUCAAAGCGAGCUAGCCAAAUCCUCAGUGCUGAUCCCCUAAAGAGUUUUGCUCUCCAUAACGCAUCUCCGGCAUAUUCUGCUCCCGCCAAUACAGCUGGCUCUGUUUUUAAUGCAAGUAUAAGCUCUGUGUCCCCUAUCCAAGGAAUGGAUAUGCCUUUGCCACGGCCUUUUCGCCUGGAAUCCUUGGAGCUCCCCAACCCCUCGGCCAAAAGUAGACGAAAAAAAAGCAAAGUUCCGCCAGGUUUUGAACCUCUGUGAUCUGGUCAUAAGCUUGAAGUAAUUGAUCAUGAUUACAAGGAAUCCUUGAAAUUUGCUCGUCUUUCUCUUGGCUAUGAGUUCACCUUCAAAAUCAAGGAUUUUUUUAAACUAACAGAACUGUUGUCAGCAAUUUCUUUCCAUUACAGGCCAGAGACCUUUUUAGUGCGACGCUCUGCCUUGGGGCAGUAAGUGCAGUGUUAGUUAAGAAAAUGAAUGUCCUCAAAAUUAUCAAGCACCGAAACUGCCCUUUAGAAUGCGCACCAUGAUUGUACCAUCUGGAACGCUGGGACAUCAAAUGACUUACCGAGAAUCAGGAGAAACUGUCAUGAAUGGAUCCUGGCAUCUAAUGUGUGACUGUGUCACAUUCAUUGUUGGUACCAGAUAAACUAUGUUGUGUUGGUAGAAUACCUCUGUUGUCAAAUGUCUGUAACCUAAACCACUGCCUGAGGAAGAACACCUUAUGAUGUAGCAUGUAUGUUAUUUAACUCUGAUCAUAAUCAGAUAUACUGAUGUUUCAAAAGCCUAUAUUGAUUUCAGAGCGAGCCACAUUGCAAAAAUGUGAAUAAAGCUUUUAUGUGGUUCUAA